UAGUCCAAGUGAGCUCUCAGCUGCUCUAUAUCCUUGAGCAUAGCUGUGGUUAUGUUAUAGCACAAUCUCAGAGGUUCAAGAAAGCAAGGCCAGCGGAGGCAUGGAGAGCAUUAUCGACCGUAGAAUCACGGAUUCGAUGCACUCCCUAGACUCGCUGACAACAGUCCUUGAGCUCGCUGUCUGGUGCACGGAGGUAAACCCAAGCUCGCGGCCCAGCAUCAAGCAAGUUAAGCAAAGACUGGAGGCCGCACUGAGAUCGGAGAACAUUUCGUCAAAGAGCAAAGCAAGCAUGGAACUGCAAAAGAGCAUGGAACUGCAAAAGAGCAUGGAAAUGCAGGUUCCACCUGACAGUGAGGUAUGAAUAAAGUCAAAGGUCUGCUGCUUCUUCGUAAUCACCCAACCAAUGAGGGGGGUAGCAGUUUUCUUUCUUGUUUUCUAAGUUUUUUUUCUAUCCAUUUUCGCGGGUUUGUGCAUUGGUUUACUACCGUUACGGACUCUGUUCAAGGGCUUGGGUGAAAAGGAAGUCCAAAGCAGCCAGCGCGAGUCGAUUAGCUGUAGGGCUUGGGUGAAAAGGAAGUCCAAAGCAGCCAGCGCGAGUCGAUUAGCUGUAAGGAAGACCAAUCAUUGGAGCUACAGAAGUGCCCGUACGGCCACAGUUUUGCAAGUUCAAGUGUGGCAGAAUGUUGCAGUCGCUUCGCCAAUCACCAAGUUGUGACAACGAGGCGAUGAAAAUAUUUGGUAUUUGUACUAUUUGUAGUAUUUGACUGUUUCGGUACCCCCCAAAAAAAAAAGUUAAAAAAUCAGGUAUUCAGGUAAUCUGGUACCCCAGCCGUUCAUAGUUAUUUUUGGAUCAUCUCAUGCCGAUCUCAGACUGCGAGGUGGUCAUGGAUUUCCAACAGCAGCGGCAGCAGCAGCAGCAAACAAACAAACAGCUUCUCACUGCUGGCCACACACUGACAUACUUGUACAUCUGGACCUGGGGUCGUUUGACGUCUUAAAGUUUUAUAGUUUUAAACUUUUAAUUUUUAAACUGAUUCUAUAAAUGCUACCUGACGUCAUAGCAAGGUGUCGCUAGCUAUACUUCUGUUGAGAUAGAGAUUUUGCAGAUUUGCCCCCGUGGACUGAAGGGCGGUUUUGACUCUUUUCAAGUCUUUUGUCGUGUCAAGUUGUCAGCUGACUAUAAAAUUAUAAAUAGUACGUUGGCCUGUUUGUCGAUGGCGCACAGAAGUGUUGGGAAAUGCCUUGCCAUCAAAUAAUGGUAAAAAAGGCAUCUAGAGGGGUUGUGGCAGGGUGGGGCGGGACCAUUAGAGUGCAGAGGGUGGGAUGAAGAGAUUGAUUGCCAGACACAGUGGUUGGUGUUUUAAUGAUAGCACGCAACGCACAGAUGUAUAGAGAAGAAGCCGGUUUGUUGUGCGUAAGUUUGUGAUUGAAAACGGAUGGUGUGGUGCGAGUUGCGAUAAGGAAAUUGUGAAGCGUAAAAGAAACCAGCAAAGGUGCAGUCUUGCGGUGUGUUCCAGCCAUUGAAGAGCAAGUCGAGAAAGUCAAGCCUUUCUCAAUCACAGACAAAAUAUGGACAGGAAAAAUGAGUGUCGAGUCCUGACGACUCCGUUCAGCAAGUUCUUUUCUCUUUUUUAAGUAAAAAAAAAUAAAAAUG